AUGGCCGACUUUGGCACUCCAGAACAAAUGGCCGCGUCUAUGCAAAAGAUGCAACAGAUGCAAGAGUUACAGGAAACACUCACAGCGCAGCAACUGGCUGCACAACGGGAACCACAUGUCCCAAUUGGUGAGAGAAACCUACCACGUAACAUCUCUGCUACGCGAUCUUCUAUCGCUCCACCACCAUGUCAAAGGGCAGAUUUCGAGAUAAAACCCGGCAUGAUCAAUCUUGUCCAGAGAAAAAUGUUCCAUGGACUGUCAGCUGAAAUACCGAUGGAACACAUUGAAGCUUUUGAAGAGAUAUGCAGUUUUACUCGUGCAAACGGCGUUCCACCCGACUACAUCAAAUGCAUGCUGUUCCCAUUCUCUCUAGCAGACAAGGCUUCACGAUGGCUUAAGUCAUUACCUACAGGUUCCCUAACUUCUUGGGAACAGGUUAGAGCGGCUUUCUUGGGACACUUCUAUACGAAAGCCAAAACAGCUGCCCUACGGAACAAGAUUUCCUCCUUCAAGCAACUCCCUAGUGAACCUUUCAACGAAGCUUGGGGACGGUUCAAUGAUACCCUCAGAGAGUGUCCUCAUCAUGGGUUCGAUGAUGACCAUGUUCUAGGAAUCUUCUACGAUGGAGUGGAAUGGGAGUUCCAUAAUGCUCUGAACGCAGCGAGCAAUGGAGAUUUCAUGACUCAAACCAUAGAAGGAGCUCACGCGCUAAUAGAGAACAUGGCAGCUAGUUUGUCCAACAAAAACGAGGAAAUUGACCGUUCCAAAAAGGUGAACAGCAUGGACACUAGGAAGAUUGAUGACCUCGCCGCUAAGGUCGAUUUGCUGCUCAAGAACAAUCAGAAUCAGAUCUAUAAUGGGAAGAUGUUCAUCCUCAGCCAGGCUCAGAAUCAAUUUCAGAAACGGCAGAAUAAUCCACAGGCUGCUCCUGGAACCGCGAGCGGUCCGCCAGAUGAGCUGAAGGGAAUGAUGCAACAACUUCUGCAAGGUCAACAGAUUCAAGGAAAAGCACUGAACCAGGUUACAACCGAGAUAAACACUCGGAUGGACAACAUGUUCACGGAAUGUAAUUCCAAAUACGAUGCUGUAGCAAGCCACAUAAGGCAUAUGGACGUUCAGAUUGCUCAAACUGCUGAAACAAUAAAAAGGCAACAAGGAACACUCCCAGGGAAAACAGACAAGAAUCCCAAGGACUGUAAAACAGUCGAGCUGAGAAGUGGAAGACAUCUAUCAGAUCCUGUCCCCAAGAAGCUCACUGCACAAGAGAAGGGAAAACAGAAAGAGGGAGAACCACCUUCGCUUGAGGAUGUCCACGAUGACGAUCAUGAACCGGAACAUCCAACAACUGCAGAACCAGUAGCCCCCACGACGCAAGAUCAACAUGUUCCAACUCGCAUCUACAUUCCAAAGGUUCCCUAUCCAGUCCCUGCUAAGAAAUCACGCAAGGAUUGCGAAGAGAUGAAGUGCAAAAAGAUGCUUGAAGAGUUGAACGUUAAGUUCUCUCUCAUGGAUGCUAUUAAGAUGAUUCCUUCAAUGCGCAGUCUUGUGAAAGGGCUGAUCUCCGGGAAGACUUCUGCAGACAGCGACAUCAUGAUGGUCUCGAAAGAAUGCAGCACAGUCCUUCAAAACAGAACAGUCAGGAAAUUGGAAGAUCCUGGAAAAUUUGUCCUAUCUGUUCAGAUUGGAAAAAUAGUCUUCGCUUGUUCUCUGUGCGAUUUGGGUUCCAGUGUGAAUCUCAUGCCCUACUCAGUUGCAAAACGCAUGGGACUAACCAACUUCAAGCCAACCAAGAUUUCUUUGGUGUUCGCAGACAGAUCAGUCAUGUUGCCAGUAGGUGCUCUUGAAGAUCUGCAAGUUCAAAUUGGUGACACCACUGUUCCUGCAGACUUCGUGGUUCUAGAGCUCGAAGAUGAACCAAAAGACCCUCUCAUUUUGGGCCAUCCUUUACUGUGCAUAGCUGGUGCAAUCAUUGACGUCCGCAAUGGGACGAUCGAUCUCCAACUGGGAGAUAUUGUGAUGAAGUUCGAGAUGGAUGAGCUUCUCAAACGACCUAUGCUAGAUGGUCAGAACUUCACGAGUAGCGACGAGAAUUCCGCCUUGACCCCUCAACAAGGGAUGAUCGAAGAAAUCUUCGCAGAUGAUCCUUUAGAAGUAGCUCUGAUACGAGUAUAG